AUGGAUCAAACAAAUAGUACUAAUAUUAUGCAGGUGAAUAAUAUAAAGAAUGAAAUAGAAUCUGUAAUGCUAGAACAUAAUUCUAAUACUCCUACUAAUAAUUCUGACGUAGUGAUGACACCCCCUGCACUUUUAAUACCUGCGAACACAGAGAACCGUAUAAAGAAGGUAAGGACUAAAAAGAUGAAGAAGCUAUCGGAUGAUCAAAUUAGAAUGAAUCAUGUAAGUUCUGAGAAGAGAAGACGGGAACUAGUAAGGGAAAUAUACGAUGAACUUGUGACGUUAGUACCUGAUCUGCAGAAAAAUGAAAAUAGAUCAGAAUUAAUAAUAUAUCUAAAGACAAUAAAUUAUCUUUCAUGGCUCUAUAGGAAGAACAGAAUGCUAAGAACUAAAAUUAUGGAAGAACAUCCAAGCGAAAUAAAUAAAAUAACUCAAAAUUUGAUAUGGAAAUUAAAGGAGAAAAAUUAA